UUCAAAGUAUUCACUUCAAAAUUUCAAACAACAAAUGGAAACAUGUUUGUUUAAAUGUGCUGACUUGGCAAGAAUAGAUAGGACAGAUACAGUUGAUAUUGCGAAGACCUCUUGCAUUCCGGACGAAUUUUCCUGCAAAAUAUGGGUAAAAGUGGCAAGAAAGUUAAUAGCUCUGCGAAGAAAGAACUUCCCUCAAAGACAAUUUCAAGAUCUGUGGUAAAAGCCAAGGAUAAAAAGAAAAAAUCUGUUAAAAAAUUGACCAAGGAAAAGUUGCAAGAUGAUAUUGAAAAUGCAAAUAUUCAGUUUACUGAUCUGCAAACCAAACUGGUUUGGGAGAAAGAAGAUCAGAGAGAAAAUGAAAGGAAAGAAAAGUCAAAAGGGCUUGAAAAGAUUUCUAUGAGUUUUGUAUCAUAUGACAAGCAACUAGAACAAACAACCGAGGUGUUUGGAAACUUAUGAAUUCAAUUGGAGAUUGGGAUGCCAAGAAAUUUUGGGAAACAUUGUACUUUCCCUAUUUCGAUGAUAGUUUUUCGAAAUGUAUAAAUGUACAGCAAUUGUGAUAUAUUGUAUUAUAAAAAGUUAUUGUGAUAAAGAAAUAAAUUUUUUUGAUGAGU